AUGGUUCCCAUAACCUACGCGUCUUGGCUAGAAGUUAAGGAAGAAGUGAGGGAAGGGUUAUGGCAAUAUGUUUUGGAAAAGUUUGUAGUUGACCCAAAAAUUCGGAAGCAAACUCUCCAAUCGAUCGAGAAGAAGUGGAGAAACUUCAAGCAUUAUCUAUAUGCCAAGUUCAUUAAGAACCAAAGUAAAGAUCCCAAGGAAAAUCUAUUCAAACCUCCGAAAGAUUAUCCAUUUAUAAAGAAAAAAGACUGGAUAGUUUUUGUAUCCUAUAGAGUUACAAAAAAGCGGGAGGAGAAAACUACAAAAGAUAAAAAUACUCGUGCACAUCAUAAAUACAAACAUUGUUUGAGCAGAAAAGGAUAUGCCAGACUCAUUAAUGACAUCAUGCAAGAAACCGGAAAGACGGAAGAGGAGAUUGAUAGGCUACUGUUGUGGAAAAAAGCAAGAGAGUUGAAGAUAGGAGGAUACGAAUCAGAUGUCAAGAUGAUAGCUGAUAAAAUUGAUGAGCUGCAUAAAUCUGGAAGCUUUAGAGAGGUUACAUAUGCAACACAUGAUGUGCUUACAGAGGCCUUGGGUACUCAGGAACAACGUGGGCGUAACGAGAGGGUGGAUAAACGAAUCAACAAACUUGAAGAUGACUUGGAAAAACUAAAAAGAGGUGUACUUAAUGUUUCUGAAGCCCCAAGUUGCCAAGUAGGGGGCAUCAUUGAAGAUGUUGAAAAAGAACCACGAGAUGAAUCACUUGAUAAUUCAUGUCUUCUUGCGGUUAAAUUUGCUGCAAAUGUAGUCGCUAAAAGAACCAUAAUAAAGUAUAGUGCAUUGGCUUUAAUACCCAUUCCAUUUGAAGAGGAGUUCAUUGUAAAGGUCAAAGAUGCAUUGGGACACAUACUAAGUUGGCCAAGACACUUAGUUAUUCGAUGCUCUGACCUGUGCAAGAAAUUUAAACACACAACACCAGUGAAGAAACACACAACGGUGAAGGAAGGUGCAACACCUUUAAAAGAAGAAAUAGGAAGUAAUAAGAAAGAAAAGGGGACAGGAAAAACGGUUGAGCAUGAACAAAAAGAACAAUGUGAUGUGGAAGAAGUGGAUGAUAUGGAAGAAGGGAAUGAAAUAGAAAAGAAGAUUAAAAAGAAGGAGAAACAAAAUGUGACCUUGCAAAGAAGAGUGAGAACGAUCUUUUUUGGGUACGAUAGUUACACGUACUUAACUUGGAAUGAUUUUGAAGCAGUUCGUACAAUGGAUGAGUUGAUUGGUGUUGUUAUUGUGUCUUAUAUGAUAAGACAUUGGGUAUUGGGUGUAGUAGACAUGAAAUCGGAUAAUUGCUAUUAUCUUGAUUCCUUGAGUUCUAGCAAUUUCAACAUGCAGUUGAAGCAAAUUGUUGAUUUGGCAAUGGUUCUGUACGCUACACAAAGUGGAUCCAACAAAAGGGUUAAAUUAAAUUGGGUUAAUGUUAUGUGUCCAGUUCAGCCUGGAGCUACCGAAUGUGGCUACUACAUGCUAAGGUUCAUGAAGGAGAUAGUGGAAGAAGGAAUUGAAGUGCUGGUCAAAGACAAUGUAAGGAAAUAA